AUGAGAUCUAAGACUUUCGCGAGUAUUCAUUUAAAUGAAAAAAAAUUCUGCGUGAUCUCGUUCAGACGAAAUGUCUCGAUUCCAAGAAGUGUAAAAAAAUUACCCUUAAAAUCUGUUGAAUCGCUGUUUCCCCGUUUUGUGGAGCCGGUGCCCAACGUCACAGUAACCGUUGGCAGAGACGCUCUUCUAGCUUGUGUUGUAGAAGACCUACGAGGAUAUAAGGUGGCAUGGGUUCGCGUAGAUACACAAACAAUCCUAAGCAUCCACCAUAAUAUAAUCACCCAAAACCCGCGCAUAAGUCUUUCCUACAACGACCAUCGCUCAUGGUAUUUGCAUAUCAAGAACGUUCAAGAAGUAGACCGUGGUUGGUAUAUGUGUCAGGUCAACACAGACCCAAUGCGCUCUAGGAAGGGAUACCUACAAGUUGUCGUUUCACCCAUGAUUAUUGACAACAUGACUUCAACUGAUAUGGUGGUUCGAGAAGGUACAAACGUUACAAUGGUAUGUAGAGCUUCAGGUUACCCCGAGCCUUAUGUAAUGUGGAGACGAGAAGACGGUCAAGAAUUUAUUUGCAAUGGUGAAUUGGUUAAUGUCGUUGAUGGUGAGAACCUUACAAUAUCUAAAGUAUCUCGGUUGCAUAUGGGUGCAUAUUUAUGCAUUGCUUCGAAUGGCGUACCGCCUUCAAUAAGCAAACGUGUCGUUCUAAUGGUGCAGUUUCCACCGAUGCUAUCUAUCCCUAAUCAGUUAGAGGCUGCAUAUGUAGGGCAAGAUGUAACCCUGGAGUGUCAUACCGAGGCCUACCCCUCCUCAAUUAACUAUUGGACUACGGACCGUGGGGAUAUGAUUAUAUCAGGCAAUAAAUAUAUAACGGCUUUAAAUGACGACGGUUAUAGUAGAAAAAUGAAGCUGACUAUACGCAAAGUGUCGUCAAGGGAUUUCUCGUCUUACCGUUGUGUGGCCAAAAACUCUCUCGGUGAAACAGACGGGCUUAUACGACUUGACGAAAUCCCGGCGCCAUCCACAAUAAGCACGACAGUUAAUUACGUGCCAACAUUUCCGCAGAGGAAGAAAGGUAAACAUAAGAAUCGAUGGAGGGACAGUUCGGCAGAAAAUAGAGUUAUAGGAGAUUACGAAGUAGAAGAAUGGAAAGAUGUCGAUUAUGAAUCAACGCAGUCUUCAAGUUCUUCAUCGGUACGCGGCUUUGGGUUUAGUGUGAUAGUAGUUCUAUUUCUUAGCUGA